AACCCACACUUCCUCAAAUUCAUAACAAGCUUAGAUAAGUCCACCAUCAUUACAGAGGACCGGAAUAUCCAUAGGUUAUUCCACCCUCCACAUGCAGAACCAUCAAAGCUCUUGGCACGCUCGUCUAUGCCAACGCAAUACACCCUUCACCGACCUCCAUUAAAACACCCUUGCACCCACCCAUAUCAAAGACCAAUCCUAAAGCCUUUCUAAACACUUUCUCAAUCUUCCAUUACUCAUUCCGCCCUAAUCCCGAAACCUUUCUAAAAUCUCAUCCAUUUCGUAUGUGGGGCUCAAGCCCAAAGCAAAGUCGAUAAGGAUCCUUGCAUUCCCAUCAACUUUAGCAUCGCCCUUUUGUAGGGUUCCCCUUGUUUUGUAGUGUCCUAAGGGUAUUUGACCUCAUGUUGGGUACCUUAAAUAGGGUUGAAGAUUGCCAUGUCUCUUCAUUAACCAACAAUUCUGGUCUCUUUGAAGAGAGCCAUUGCUUCUCCUCAAUGGAGGAUGCCCACCAUACCAACCAGAACUGUUUUCUCUCUCUAGAAAUGGAAAUGGAGGUUCACAAGGUCAUGGCUCCACAACCCAAGACAUUUUUGCUGGAGUUUAGAGAUAGAGUGAAGGAGAUCUUCUUUCCUGAUGACCCAUUCAGGCAAUUCAAGGGCCAACCCACUCGUAUGAAAUGGUUAUUAACAACUCAGUAUGUUUUCCCCAUAUUGCAAUGGGGACCAACUUAUAGUUUUAAGCUCUUUAAGUCUGAUAUCAUAUCUGGCCUCACUAUUGCUAGUUUGGCCAUACCUCAGGGCAUUAGUUAUGCAAAGCUCGCCAACCUUCCCCCGAUCAUAGGCCUUUAUUCAAGCUUUGUACCACCACUAGUUUACGCAGUGUUAGGGAGCUCGAGGGACCUAGCAGUGGGUCCUGUGUCCAUAGCUUCUCUCAUAUUAGGAGCCAUGUUAAGGCAACAAGUAUCGCCUGUUACUCAACCCGUUCUCUAUCUACAACUAGCCUUUACGGCUACCUUUUUCGCUGGUGUUGUCCAGGCUUCAUUGGGUGUUCUAAGGUUGGGUUUCAUUAUAGAUUUUCUCUCUAAGGCCACUUUGGUCGGAUUCAUGGCUGGUGCCGCCAUUAUCGUUUCGCUUCAGCAGCUUAAGAGUCUGUUGGGUAUUGAACAUUUCACUCAUAAUAUGGGCUUGGUUCCUGUCAUUGGUUCGGUGUUUCACAGGAGAGAUGAGUGGGCAUGGCAAACAAUCCUUAUGGGCGUCUGCUUCCUGGGUUUUCUUCUCAUAACGAGACACAUUAGCAUGAGAAAACCGAAGCUGUUUUGGGUUUCAGCGGCGGCUCCUUUGGCCUCUGUGAUCAUAUCCACUCUUCUGGUUUUCGCCUUCAAAGCACAGAAACACGGAAUCAGCGUAAUUGGACAUUUGCAAGAAGGCUUAAACCCACCCUCAUGGAACAUGCUGAACUUUGAUUCCACUUACUUGGGUUUAGUGGCGAAAACAGGAGCCGUGACUGGAAUUAUCUCUCUAACUGAGGGUAUAGCAGUGGGACGGACCUUCGCGGCGUUGCAGAAUUAUCAGGUGGACGGUAACAAGGAGAUGUUGGCUAUUGGCCUCAUGAACGUGGCCGGCUCCUGCACCUCCUGCUACGUCACGACAGGAGCCUUCUCUCGAUCUGCUGUGAACCACAAUGCAGGAGCCAAAACGGCAGUAUCAAACAUAGUCAUGGCAGCUACAGUCAUGGUGACCCUGCUCCUUCUGAUGCCCCUGUUCUUCUAUACACCAAAUGUGGUUCUGGGUGCCAUUAUAAUCACAGCAGUGAUAGGCCUCAUGGAUUUUCCAGCCGCCAUUGCCAUUUGGAAGGUGGACAAGGUUGAUUUUUUAGUCUGCCUGAGUGCUUUCCUUGGAGUCAUUUUUAUCUCUGUACAAGAUGGUCUAGCAAUUGCAGCGGGGAUAUCUUUGUUAAAGGUGCUAUUGCAAAUCACCAGACCGAAUACAGCCCUCCUAGGCAACCUACGUGGAACUCACAUCUACUGCAACCUUCAGCAUUACAAGGAUGCAAGUCGCGUGCCCGGCUUCCUCAUUCUAAGCAUCCAGGCUCCCAUCUAUUUCCUCAAUUCCACAUAUAUCAGAGAAAGAAUCUCAAGAUGGGUUGAAGAGGAAGAAGAAGAAGCCCACGAUAAUAAGACCACCACUCCACAUUAUGUAGUUCUCGACAUGUCUGCUGUGACGGCCAUCGAUACAAGUGGAAUAUCGGUAUUAACCGAAUUGAGGAGCUCAUUAAGCAAACGGGGCCUUCAGCUUGUGUUGGCCAAUCCUUUGGGUGAAGUCAUGGGGAAGCUCCAACGAGCGGACCAGAUCCAAUCUUUUGGAACAGACGGCCUAUAUUUGACAGUUGGAGAAGCCGUUGCUUCUCUCUCAUCCUCACUAAAGGAGCAGCCAUGAAUGAAUCAAUACGCUGAGGAGCAACCAUGAAUGAAUGAAUAUACUCUUUCCAUAAAGUAGUCCACUGAGCCAAGCUCCAUUUUACAGAGUGAGGUUGAUCAAGGCGCCCACUUCUUAAUAGAAUAACUAUUGUUUAGCAUUGACCACACUUUUUACAACUGAAAAAAAACGUAAUAUGUUGGAGGGCUUUGUUGCUGUGAAAAAAAUUGUAGCUUCUCUUCAAAACAAUGAAGAUCACCAGUUCUAAACU